AUGUCAGCUCUACGAGGCUACAAUGCAACAAUCCUGGCCUACGGGCCAACUGGAACUGGAAAGACCUACACCAUGGAGGGCAGCCUUCGUCCAGACGGACAUGGCAUAAUCCCACGAUCCAUGGAGGAUAUAUUUGAACAUAUCAGGAGUGCUAGAAAUGAGCAUUCAACUUUCGAGGUUCGAGCAUCAUACCUGCAGAUUUACAAUGAAGUUAUAUCAGACUUGCUUAAGCCAGACAGAUCUCAUUUGAUGAUUCGUGAAGAUAAAAGACGAGGGGUGUUUGUUGAGGGCCUCUCUGAAUGGCUGUGCAGAAGUCCUGAUGAAGUGCAGACGCUGAUGGAGCAUGGGUCCAGUGCUCGUGCCACCGCCCAGACUGGCGCCAAUGAUACUUCCAGCCGAUCUCAUGCUGUUUUUAUCAUCGUUGUGGAACGGUCUGAGAAGUUCAUGGAAGGAUCCCAAAGCCUCACGGGGCGAUUAAACCUGGUGGACCUGGCCGGGUCAGAGCGACCACGCAUAACAGGUGCCACGGGGCAACGGUUGGAAGAGACCAAGAAGAUCAAUCAGAGCCUGUCUGCACUGGGCAAUGUCAUUUCGGCGCUGACCGAGCGCAGGGCCAGAUCCCACGUACCAUACCGGGACUCCAAGCUCACGAGGCUUUUGGAAGACUCCUUAGGUGGCAACUGCCGGACUACCAUGAUGGCCAUGGUAUCGCCUGCUGCAGAAGCCUUUGCCGAAUCUCUCUCUACUUUGAAAUUUGCUCAACGAGCCAAAGGGGUAGUCACUACGCCACAGGUGAACGAGGACCUGGACCCACGCAUGAUGGCCAACAGGUACGAGGCUGAGAUACGGCGACUUCGAACUGAAUUGGCUGAGCGUGAUUCGAGGACUACAAUUGAUUUGGAGGGCUUCGACCCCCACAAGCCCCUUGCUGAUAUUGGAGCUCUUCGCGCAGACUUUUCAGGUGGGAAAACCGGAAGUUUGUGGAACCGCCAGAGAGAAGAAGACAAGGCGCCGGCCGGUAGAUACAAGCAGCUUCUUCUCAAGCAGCGAGACAUAAUGAUAACCCUGACACAGCGACUGCAUGAACGUGAUGAAACUAUCAUCGGAUUGCAGGCAGAGCUGGACGCGCAAGACCAAAGAGUCAGAGAACUUCAAGAGCGUUUUGAACGUCAGGCACUCCGGCUGGCUGCAGCCGAAAAAGCACUGCAAGCAUCCUCAAAGGCAAACAUGGCGAAUGUGGGCUCAGGCAAGUUAUAG